GAUAUUGGCGUAGAAGACAUAGACGACUCACCUCAAAAACAAAAACGGCCUAUAAGACAACAGAAAGUGCCGCCUCAACAUCAAACUAGUAAUAAUUUAAGAAAAAACAUGACAGAAUCUUCACAGUCCUAUGAUGCUCGUAUUCUUACCAAACGACAAAGGGCUAAAUUAGACGAAAAUUAUGAUUUAGACUUGCUUCAACUUCCAAUGGAACCAAUGAAAAAAAAACAACUGACCGAGGAAGAAAUGCUCCUGAAAAAAUCUGAAAUUGCACGAAGAAGAAAGCACCAAAGCAUUCAACGUGCUGAGCAAGACAAGAUGGACACAAUUAAUCGUCUUUUAAAAAAACAAGCAACUAAAAAAAGAUCAAAGGAUCAGGACGAAACCGAUAGUAUUAAUAAAGAUGAUAGUAGUACAAAUUCACUUAUACCAAUUACAUUUCAUUAUGUUGCUAACAAAGAUGGUU